CUCAUUUGCGGCGGGGCCAAUUUCUCCCCAUCUACAAACUCUGCGAGAAAAAAAAAAUAAAAAAAUCGUUUUCCUUUUUGCGCCUUCCUUACAUUUCCCCCCAAGUGCUCAUUACUCUCGUUGCGGUCAUUUUUUUAUUCCACGCUUAUCUCUUUACUUUCGCGCAAAUCGACGAGCCUUGAAUUUUUUUUUUCGGGAGGAAGCUUGCGGUCUUUGUUCAUUCAUUUGAUCGGUGGGUUCCUUUGUUGGAACAAAAGCAUGGGAGCGCAAAUCUCCAAAACCGCUGGAAAAGACGAAGCCGCAGUGGAGAAGCCCGCAGAAGGAGCGGCUGUUGCAUCGAAGACUAAUGGACAGGAGAAUGGGCAUGCCAAGACCAAUGGGGAUACUUCUCCAGCUGCAGAGGAUGCCAACAAAGCUGAUGUACAGGCCAAUGGAAGCACUCCUACUGAAGAGGCGCCAAAAGAAGAAGGUGAGAAAGUAGAGGGUGCUGAGGCCCAAGGGGACAAGGAGCAGUCCGCCACAAAUGGGGAGACAACCACCAAGGCAGAGGAAGGUACUCCGUCCACCAGCGAGGAUGGCAAACAGAAGAAAAAGCGGUUCUCCUUCAAGAAGCCCUCUUUCAAGCUCAGUGGCUUUUCCUUCAAGAAGACCAAGAAAGAAUCUGAGGAGGCAACCGAGGAAGGGGCGACUGCGGCUGCAGAGCCGGCCGAAGCAGAGAAAUCCCCUGAGGCCCCCAAAGAGGAGACCAAGCCCUCUGAUGGAAGUGAAGAGGAGGCCAAGGAAACUGCAACUGAGGAGGCCAAGGCGGAGGAGCCAAAGGCGGAUCAAGUAGCCGAAGGAGAGGAGAAGCCGGCUAAAUCCGAGCCAGAGGCGGCAGCCAGUCCAGAGGCCGCCGCCACAGAGUAACCCCGCUGAACGAUGCACCGCAAUGAAGAAGACGAUGUAGCCUGUCUGAAGGAUCACAAGGACUUGUCUAAAACCAGGGAAUUUUUUUUGUGUUAAUUUUUCUUUUUUGUUGUUUGUAUAUGUUUACUACUCUGCAACCAUCUCAUCCAUAACUGCAAAGUUUCAAGCAGUGACAGAUAGGAGGUGCAGCAGAGAGGGCUGCUUCCUCACUGCUUGCAUUUAUAACAUGGGUGAGGGUAAAAGUGCAAAACAUGGGUGGAAUUUUUUUUUUUUUUUGUAUUUUAUUUUUUAAGGGAAAUACCAUGACAUUGCAGAACUUGUUUUUUCUGUUCUAUUUAAUCAAAGUAUUUGGUGCUGGGCAAUUGGAUGUAGCAGCUCAAGCUGUCUCUGCAAGAUCUGACAUAAUGUGAUAUUUAAAAGGAAAGUCCUUAAAGUGAGUCUUAAAAGUUGUCAUUUGCAGUGUACGGUUGUUUACAACUCUUUAAGCUCAAUGCUCCUGUGAACACAAACCAUUCCUGAAAUAGAUUUAGCUGAAAAACAAUUGGUGCUCACCACCUUGCAUUAGAUUCCACUGUUUCAAAAUUCUGUAGUAAUGCACGUUGUAUAGACUUUGAUAUUACUGGUUUUAUGGCUGAGAUGUACCUAAUGACUGAAGUUUUUAACUGACUACCCAUUGUAAAUGAAGUUUUUCUUUUUUCCCCGCCAUUUGUAAGAAUGAAUAAAAUUGGGAGAUGUUUUAAGCAGACUUUUGCAUCAAGCUGUGAUGACUACAACACCACUCUGAAUCCACACGUCCAAAGCACACUAAGUCAGGAUGUUAGACGCUGUCCUCUACCGGCUUCUCUUUCUGUAUAUAACGAGGCUCACAUUUUUUUCAGUAUGGAAUGUAAUAUUGCCUGCAAAAUCUGGUAACAAGGUGUUGAGUUUGUUUCCUGUGAAUUCUGAAGAAUAAAGCGAUGAAGUGUGGAUCGAAA